ACACACACAGACACACACACACACACACAUUUUCAGGUCAAGCACGCAAGUCUUUACCUUUAUGUGCAUAUGUUAACAUCGAACACAGAGAAAAUUAUUUAGAUCUCAGUAGAAUAUUCACAGCUCUUUGGAAUUUAAAUGCAAAAGCAUGUACAGACUAGAAGUUAUUUUAUUCCCUUUAAAUCCUUAAAAUCUUGAAUUGACAUUCACACAUGCUCACAUCUGGGGCUGCCAUGAGGUAAAAAUGAACUCAUGCAUUCAUUCCUCAUUCUAAAGAAGAAUUGCAAUCCUCAAACCCAGCCCACUUCAAACCGAAAUAUACCAUCAUAAAUAUGGCAGAUGAGGAGCAGAACAGGUGAAGCCACUGACACAGCAUCAGGUGUGAGCAGGAACAUACCAUCCCUCAUCUGAAACUGAGGACACUUCAGAAGAAGAGAGAAUGAUGAAUGGUCUGGGACACUAUCUUUUAUCGGACUGCAUACAGCACACUUGACCUUCUGUCGGAAGUCUUUAAAUAUGUGGUGAGGACAUGUUUGAGCUGCAUGUGGUGCAGUUGGAACUGGAGGACGUGGAUCGACAGAUCCGGACCCUUCUCGAAAAGCAGGCCGAGCUAGGCGAGCAGCAGACAGCGCUGGAAACUUCCCGUGCUGACUUUCACCGCUCCUCGGGACCUUGGGUGCUUCAGCAGCGGAAGACGCGAGCCAGGCCUCGGACCAGGACCUCUCCUCCUCCGCCGCCCCCGAUCUUCGAGGUCUCGACACGGAACCGCUUCUCCCCUCUUCGCGAGGCGGAACGCGACGCUGUGGUCAUCGGAGACUCCAUCGUCCGCCACGUCCACGCUACCACAGCCAAAGGUAAGGUGCUCAGUCACUGUUUUCCUGGUGCUCGUGUUCUCGAUGUCGCUGUGCAGGUUCCCGCGAUCCUCAACGGUGCUGAGACCAUCGGAGCUGUAGUUCUGCACGCGGGGGUGAACGACACCAGGCUGCGGCAGACGGAGGUGCUGAAGCAGGACUUCAGGAGCCUGAUCGAGAUGGUACGAGCCACAUCGCCCGCGACGAGGAUCAUCGUGUCCGGACCGCUUCUGACGUACCGACGAGGACAUGAAAGGUUCAGUAGAUUAUUUGCUUUAAAUGAAUGGUUGAUGUCUUGGUGUAAUGAACAGAAGCUGCUCUUUAUAAAUAAUUGGAAUCUUUUCUGGGAGCGUCCUAGGCUCUUCCGUGCUGAUGGCCUGCACCCCAGCAGAAUCUGAGCUGAUCUUCUGUCGGAGAACAUCUCCAAGAUGCUUCGCACCGUAUGACUACUUCAGUUUGGAUCCAGCCUCUUAAGAAGACCUCAGAUGACCAACACCUAUGAAGAGACG